AUGUACAAAGUCGGCAUACUGCGGGCUGGUCCCCGUCGUGGACUUCACAUAUGUCAACCUGCUCGCUUUAUCCAACGACUGUCCUCGCCCGAGCUGCGUUCACGCUUUGUCGACUACUUUGAAAAGCAAGGACACACUCGCGUUAAAAGUGCCAGUCUUAUUCCUCACAAUGACAAGAGUUUAUUGUUUACAAAUGCAGGCAUGGUGCCAUUCAAGGAGUACUUUAUGAAACCUGACACUGCACCCUAUAGUGCCGCAACGAGUGUACAAAAGUGCAUGCGCGCUGGUGGUAAACACAACGAUCUCGACAAUGUCGGCUAUACUCCACGGCAUCACACGUUUUUCGAAAUGCUGGGCAACUUUUCAUUCGGUGGUUAUGGUAAACAAGAGGCGAUCGCGUUAUCGUGGCGAUUCUUGUUGGAGGAGCUGGAACUGCCACUGUCGCGUCUUCGAGUAACUGUACUAGAAAAUGACGAGGAAGGAUAUCAACUCUGGAAAAAGCAAGGUUUGCCUGACGAGAAGAUUGUCAGAUGCGGCAUGGAAGAUAACUUUUGGUCAAUGGGUGACGGCGAAGGACCCUGUGGACCCUGCACAGAAAUUUUCUGGGAUACCAUGGACGACAGUUUGGAUGAGAGAUGGUUGGAGAUUUGGAACUUGGUGUUUAUGGAAAACUAUCGGACGGCUGACGGCAAGCUUACCAAGCUUCCUACGCCCUGUAUCGACACUGGCAUGGGUUUGGAGCGUAUGGCAUCCGUUUUACAAGAUAAGCGCAACAACUUUCAGAUCGACCAGUUUCGACAUUUGAUUGGUGGGCUUCGUCAGGUCUUGAAGAGCAAGAACGUUGCGGUGUCUUCUUCGGACGAUCCAACCGCGCACGAAAAAAUCAUCGCGGAUCAUUUCCGUGCAAUGUGCUUCCUUAUUAGCGACGGUGUCGUACCAAGCAACAUAGGACGAGGCUAUGUAUUACGACGCAUCAUCCGAAGAGCAUUGCGGUCGGCUCAUCAAGUGGGUAUGAAUGAACCAUUCUUGACGGAAUUAUACCCUCACCUACUGGAAGGCUUUGUGGACGGCUCCUAUCCGGAACUCGCCAGCCGUGCCUCCUCGAUCUGCAACGUCGUUGCCAACGAAGAAGCUACUUUCUUGACAACGCUGAAUCGCGGCUUGUCGCUUCUGAACAAUGUCUUUACACACCCCGACCAUCAGAAAAGCAAGACAAUUCCACCAGAUGUCGCGUUCCAGCUCUAUGAUACGUUUGGAUUUCCAUUCGACCUAACUUUAAUUAUUGCGCAAGAAAAGGGAUGGACUGUGGACAUGAAGGAAUGGCGCAACAUGAAUAUUCUUCCACAGUUCACUGGAUACAACCACGACUUAUUGCAUCAAGAGUCUCAAAUUGUGGCAAUAGAGGCAACGAAAAAGGGUAAAAAAACGGAUGUGACCUUGUCGAUCGAUCCAUGUCCAUUCUAUGGUUUGGGCGGUGGUCAGAUCCCUGACAGUGGCUCACUUACUUUGGCCAAUGGAAGCCAAUGGCACGUGCUCGAUGUAUUUCAGCCCUAUGAGGGUGGUAUUGCUCUUCGAGUUGCGCCGGCAGAUGGCGCUAAGAAUAUCGACCGAAAACUGGAGCAAGACAAGGAAUUCCUCGAGGCCGGUCAACUAGUACAGACUUCAGUGGAUUUGGAGAAGCGUACAGGAGCUGAAGUACAUCACACUGCUACACAUUUAUUAAAUGCCGGUCUUCGAGCUAUUCUGAAAACAGAUAUCGUACAAGCAGGCUCGACGGUGGAACCCAAUAAACUGCGAUUCGAUUUCACUUACGGCAAGCCAUUGACGCCAUCUCAGUUGGAUGCCAUUGAAAGAUGGAUCAAUGAUGCUAGCAAGGCGGGUGGUGCUACAAACGUUCAACACAUGAAACUUACAGAUGCUGUGGAAUCUGGUGCGAUUGCAGCCUUUUCCGAAAAAUAUGGGGAGAUGGUUCGAGUUAUUGAAGUGCCGGGCGUAAGCCGGGAAUUAUGUGGAGGCACCCAUGUCGAUGAUGUGCGUCGACUAUAUCCAUUCAAAAUCUUGAACGAAACCUCGGUUGCAGCUGGCACGCGUCGUAUCGAGGCGGUUGCGGGACUAGCAUGCAUUGAAUGGUACAAAAAGACCUACGAGCCCGUGCCUGAUAUCCUAAAGAUGCUACGGGCUAGCAGCACCAAAGAUGCAGCAGCGAAACUAGAGAAAAGCAUGCAACAGACCCGUGACAUUCAGAAACGACUGGACUUGGUUACAGAAAAGUUAGCAACAGCAGGUGAAGUGAUUGUGCACCCCAUUGAAACGCAGCUGGAGAACAAUACGAAGGUUCCUGUGCGAGUCCAUUUGAUCGACAGCGACCUGGAUGCUGGCUUUAUGCAGAAACGUGCCAAUGUCUUGAAGGAAACGCAGGCGGGGUAUGCGCAUGUUUUGCUCAGCAAGAACACGAUCGUGGUUGCUGUCAACACUUCCAAGAUCCAGGACCACACGGCCAACUCGAUAUUGCGACACGUGCUCAAGAGCGUCAAAGGUGGCGGUGGUGGACAAGCAGAGUAUGCUCAAGGACGACUCGCAGAAGCAGUCUCGGACAUGGACGGAAUUGAGUCCAAGAUUAUUCCUGCGCUCAAGGCCCGUGCGUAA